AUUCACUACAGCCUUCUCUCCGAUUUAAACUUGCCGCUGCUGUGGUUCGUGGUACCCUAUCCCACCACCUGACGGCGCCAUAUACAAGAGGAAGGCAUUCAUGACCGCCAGUGUACCUCCCUCAUAGAUAAGAAACAUACAUACUGCAAGUGCAGGAAAAGAAAACAUUCAUACCCGAUACUAUUCACGGGCUUGGAGUUGGCAAUACUGGGUAGUUAACAAUUAAUAGUAAAAAUGGUUGUUCGUCACCGUGUCGAGGGCUAUACAAAAUUUGAACCAUUUAUGAAAAAAUUCAAGGAGGAUGAAUCAGUAAUCGUCUAUUACACCGGCAUGAAGCUUGCAAACGGAAAAUCUUGGUGUCCGGAUUGCGUCGAAGCCGAGCCUUUCAUUGAAAAGGGACUUCAAGCAGCUCCAGAAAACUCACAUUUUGUGGUAGUCGAAGUCGGUGACAGAGCUUUUUGGAAGGAUCCGAAAUGUCCAUUCCGUACUGAUGCUACUACGAGGUUAAAAGUUUUACCAACUUUGGCUAAAUGGGAAACCCAAAAACGUUUGGAGGGUGACCAGUGCUUAAAUGUGGAUCUUAUAGAGAUGUUGGUAACAGAUGAUGAGGAUUGA